GGUGGGGUUGGGGUCCGUUGCUGAUGCUGGGCAGAUUGCGUUUAUCUCCGCAUCUCUGCUCCUUUCCCCUUAAUGCUGGAUGGCUGCUAGUCGCAGUUCGACGUGAGAUCAUUUUUUGAGGGCUUUUUCUGAUUUCAAAAAACAAGCAAGGGAACAAACAUGACAGACAUGACGACUUUAGAUUCAUGCUCGGUUCCCAAUCCGACUAUCGUGGACCCGUCGGCUGCGCGAAACGGACAAUGCGCCGCUGCCCAGGAUCCGAACCUACCCAAGAGAGGGAGCCAGGGCGAUCCCUUCGAUAUGGACCGGGACCAGGAGAUGAAAAUCACAGAUAGCGUUGAGGGCCAAGGUCUCUUGGAGAGCAGCAUGCGCCUGAAGCCUCAUGAAGCUCAGAGUUACAGGAAGAAAGCUUUGUGGGUGUCUUGGAUCUCCAUUGUAGUAACACUGAUCCUGGCAGUGGCAGCCUUCACUGUAUCCUUCAUGAGACACAGUGCAUCAGCAUUCGGAUUUGCUUUUGAUGCGAUUUUAGAUGUUCUUUCCUCCAUUAUAGUGCUGUGGCGCUAUAGCAACGCUGCAGCAGUUCACUCUGCCCAUAGAGAAUACAUAGCCUGUGUGAUCCUGGGAGUGAUUUUUAUCUUGUCCUCUAUGUGUAUUUUGGGAAAGGCCAUCCAUGAUCUGGCCACCGAACUUCUUCCUGAAGUGGAUGAUUUCCUAUUUAGUGUUUCCAUUGUCAGUGGCUUCACAUGUGUCAUUCUUGCUGUUGCCAAGUUCAUGUUGGGCAGGGUUUUGACCAGCAGAGCCCUAAUCACUGACGGCUUUAAUUCUAUGGUUGGGGGCAUCAUGGGCUUUUCCAUCCUCAUUAGCGCUGAGGUGUUUAGACAUCAUCCUACUGUUUGGUACCUGGAUGGAACUAUUGGGGUCUUGAUUGGACUCAUCAUUCUUGCUUAUGGGAUUAAGCUGUUGAUUGACAUGGUACCACGAGUAAGACAAACUCGACACUAUGAGCGCUUUGAGUAAUCCUAGUUUAAAGGCAACGGUAUGGAUCCAUCCAUGCUGUGACACCCAUACCUAUCACUUCCUGCCCUGACUCUCUCUCAACAAACACCAUUCCCAAACACAUCUCGGAAUAAAGUCUGCUGGCAGCCAAUUUAGCAUCAUGAACUUGUAGAUUCAUCAUCACUAAUCCCACCAGCUCCUGCUGUCCUCCAAGUCUUUCACUCUGCACACCUUCAUCUUAGGAGAAAUUGGGAAGAAAGAAGAAGAACACAGAGCUGGAAGGAGGAUCAGCGUCCAGGCACUUGGUUUUUUAUAAACCAUGAGAUCACCAUGCAAAGUCCUCCUGGAUGGAGGCACUGAUUUAUAUAAGAGAUCAACAUUCAUAGUGUCAUUAAGCUUUUGUCGCAUCCCUGAAAUUUUUUUCUGUAACAUUUCGUUCACUAUUUCGUGCUUACAUCAUCGAGUAAAAAAACAUUAAUUUACACAAAUUAUUUUUGUCUUUGUGUUAUGACAAAUCCUGGCAAUGUGUAUCUGAUUCCACAUGCCUCUUAUAUUGCACUUUGCUCAUGUUUGAAGGUCAAGCUGGCAUCUCUCUCUGUUAACACCUUACAUUACAUCAUAUAUUAACAUCUGUCAACACCCAAAAUGAUUGCAUUAUAUAUACACUCUAUGUGAGGUAUGUUUAUAUUUUACUGUAUAAUAUUGUAUAUAACCUCUCAGAGCUAGAAAUCUGCAGCAUUUACAGUGUAGGUAAUACUCACUGCAGUGAAGAAAGCACACAGAAAUUCCCAAACAUGUACUGGCAAGACAGGUACGCACACUUAUUAAAGAUUUCUCAAUACAAUAAUUCAGGGGCAGCAAAAUUGCCUGUAAAUUGUUUCAAUAUUUACAGGAAAUGUCCACAGGUACCUGUGAUAGGGAAAGCAAAAAAUUAUUCUCAGACAGUAAGCCCUUAUGAGCUGAUAUUAGUGGAAAUGACUGAUCAGCACAAACCACCUUUAAAUAAGACAUGCACAAAUAUUUUGAAAGGUUAUUAGCUGCUUGAAUAGCAUUACACGUGGCUCCUUUUGGACUUCUGACCAAAACCAAUUAAACGAUUACAGAAUUUGAGAAAUAUUUCUGAAUUUGAGAUUUGACAGCACAGUUUGUCUUAUUAUUCAGACAGUUAAUACUGUGAGCUAUGCUAGGCAAUGAUUCACUAUAACCAGUGCUUGGCAUACACUGCUCAUGUCAAUUGCCACUUUAGUAGAUUUUCUUUUUAUGCCAACUUCUGGAAAGAUAGAAUAAGAUUAGAACAGCUUGAAGUAUAAUCUGAUGUAGAAAUGAUUGAUUUAGGCUCAAGCAGACAUUUAUUAUGUAUUAUGGUGGAUUUGAGGUGGGCAGUUUAUUUUUACAAUGGAGAACAAAAACUGGAAAAACUAAGUUUCAGUAUGUUACAUUAUUUAACCAUUUAACAGGCACAACUUAACAAUACAAAUGUAAAAUAUAAUGAAAUUUUGACCUUUUAUUUGUUUCUCGGCAGAGAUUAAAGCAAAACCCAAAUGUUUACACAAGCAUUUGUGAACUUCAGUAUUGUAAAAGCAAAUUUUUUUGAAUUAACAGCAAUCAGCUUAUUUUAAAAUCUGAAUUUUAAAUCAAAUAUUUUGUUACAACAUACAGUCAGUCACUGACCAAUCUUUUCUAACAUGCAAAGCAAUUUUUUUAUACAGUUAAACAAAUUAUUUGACAUUCUCAUUUGUUUGUUAGAAGUAGGUGAGGAUUGGUGAGAAAUAUUUAUGUACUGUAUUACAAGCACAGUAUCAGACACAGGGUUCCAUAUUUUGUAUCGUUUAUUUUGUAAGUUAUAAUUUUUUUUUUUUUUUUUCUGUCUCAUAUACAUUUGGGACAUAAAUGUAACUGAAUGUAAAUGACUGUGAUCAGUUCACUGUUCACGCCUACUACACACUGAUGUAUCUCACUAAUUUUAGCAGACAAUCAUGAUGCAACCAAUAACUGCAGCACAGACUUCCAAAGCCUUUUGUGUACUGCUAAUUGUGAUCUCAUCUGAAGAGGGAAACUUUGAAGCAGAAUACUACAUAUUUGUGUUCUUUUUUUAUUAUCAUGGCAAAGUUGUUAGUUUAAAUGUAUUUAUUCUUGUUUUUGUUAUUCAAGUGAUGCCAUAUGCAUUUUUGUGCUGUAAUGCUAUUGCAGUAUGUUCAUAUAUCAUAUAUGUGUUUUAAUAACUUGAAUAUCUUUAAAUUCAUUGUUCUUCAGUGUUCCAUAAUCCUAUAUAAAAACUGUAAUGACUAGACUGUAUAUGUGUAGACUGCCAGUGGUAACUGAUAUUUUAAUGUGCUGAAUAAAUCCUGUAUUAUGUUUA